CCGCGAGGCGCGUCACUCGCCCAAUACUUGAACAGACCAGAAGAGCGGGACAGCGAUAAAGUGACGUACCACUCGGCGUGUGCAUGAUUCGACCAUUCAUACAGUCCUCCAAGUAUCCAAGCGUUACAGCCGUCUGUCGCAAGCUCCUCAGUCUGUUGUUCUAAUAAAUGGCUGGUGUUCUAUGUUAUUGAUCGUCACUUGUGCUGCGUAACUCGAUUAUAAAUAGAAAAGUGAGGAAAAGUUUUUCAAACAUGAGUACAGAAAAUAAGCCGGUGCGGUGUAAGGUCCGAGUGUUACAAUGUUUUAUUACGACCAUGGCAUCUGUGGUGCGAUUUUUCUGUAGACUGUACUAUGGGAAUGAAGGAGCGAAAAUUCCAAAGAUAACCCACGACAUCCUGAAGACACCGGCCUUUGAAGUUGCCAGGAAAAUAAGGAAUAAAGAGAUUACCAGUGUGGAAGUUCUAGAAACCUGCAUUAGGAGGAUAAACGAUGUGAACUCAGCCCUCAAUUGCUUCGUAGAGAACCGCUUCGAGCUCGCCCUCAAGGAGGCGAAAGAGGCCGAUGCCCUCGUCGAGAGCGGGACCAAGACUCCCAAGCAAUUGGAGGAGGAGAAACCUCUAUUGGGAGUUCCUUUCACUACAAAAGACUGCAUGGCUGUAAAAGGGCUCCACCACACUUCGGGCGUGGUGCUACGCAAGGACGUGAUCGCUGACCGAACAGCGGACGUCAUCAGGAUCUUACAAGAAAAGGGCGCCAUCAUCAUCGGCCUCACUAAUGUACCUGAACUUUGCAUGUGGUGGGAAUCGCACAACCAUUUAUAUGGUAGAACGAACAAUCCGUACAACACGACGAGGAUAGUAGGUGGGUCUUCAGGAGGAGAGGGCACUAUACAGGCUGCUGCUGGAAGCAUCUUCGGAGUAGGUUCUGAUAUCGGUGGUUCAAUUCGGAUGCCGUCUUUCUUCAACGGUAUCUUUGGACACAAGCCUUCUAGGCACAUAGUCUCCAACGACGGGCAGUUCCCUGAAGCGGAGACGGAGCUUCAUAAUUCUUUCUUAGGUAUUGGCCCAAUGACGCGAUACGCAUCAGACUUAAAACCACUCCUGAAUAUUAUGGCCGGCGAAAACAGCAGCAAAUUGAAACUUAAUGAAGCCGUAGAUGUCAGCAAACUUAAGGUGUACUACCAAUUCAGCAGCAAGGAACCUUUGGUUGAUUCAGUUGACCCAGACAUCAUUGCCGCUAUGAAGAAAUCCGUGGAAUUCUUGAAGGAGAAACAUAAUGUUAACACAGAAGAGAAGAAAAUUCAACUACUAAAAAAAUCUUUGCCAAUAUGGAUGAAUACGAUGAAGAGAACGAAGAAAUACGAGGAAAACAUUAUGGAAAAGAAAGGCGUGUUCGCUAUUAUCGUUGAGAUAUUCAAGAAUAUUUUUGGCUGCUCGGGCAACACUUUAAUUGGGUUAGCCACAGCGCUGUCGGAUCACACAGGAGCGGAAUACGGGGACGCAAAGUACAAAUACCACGUUGAACUGAAAGAUAAAUUGGAAAAGGAGUUCAAAGAAAUGCUUGGCGACGAUGGAGUGUUUUUGUAUCCGACACAUCCCACGCCAGCGCUGUAUCACAACGAGCCUUUGGCACGACCUUUCAAUUUCAGUUACACCGCAAUAAUUAACUGCCUUGGACUGCCUGCUACGAAUAUACCUCUAGGGUUGGGACGCGAAGGUCUUCCGAUUGGUAUUCAGGUAGUCUCAAAUCACAACAACGAUAGAUUCUGCUUUGCUGUCGCCGAAGAACUAGAAAAAGCGUUCGGCGGCUGGGUCGAACCUAUAAAAUCUUAAUUUGCCUCAGAUCUUUUUUUAACAAGUGAUCCUAUUUCAUACAAGUAAUCUAUAUUCUACUACUUAUAUUUUUAUUUAUUUUUCUAAAUGAUGUUUACGGCUUUCGGUGUAAAUCUUAUUUCUUAAAUAAAUGGUGAAUCAAGCAUAAUAAAAUUGGCUUGAAUAAUUUGA